AUGGCUACUCCGAUGCUCCGCGCCGACCCGUCCUACCCGACGCUCAAAAAACUCAACAAAAAGAAGUCGCGAAGCGCGUCUCGGCAUUUCCUCGGCCUCCUCCUAGCGAUGGGCGCCUGCUUCUCGUGCGAGACGGACGGCUCUGAGCGGCAGGUGAUCUUGCUCUCCCUUGACGACGGCUCCGUGGUCCGCGCGCGCAAGUCGCGGCUCUCGCUCUUUGCGGACCUAGCCAACGUGCGACCCGACGCCAUACCCACGUUUGCCAUUGACGUCAAGGAGAAAGCGGGGCCGCUGUGCGUGUUUGGCACCAAGGCGUCUCCGGAAGGGCUCAAGCCACUCAAGCCCAAGGACGCGAGCGCGGUCGACAAGGCGCUAUGCAAGCACGACCUCUUUCACGGUGGAGAGCAGGGCCUCUUCGCCGCGCACGCCACGCUGGACGCCAAGCCCUGCCUGCUCGCGCUCACCUCGCUUGGGCGCCUCUUUGCGGUCGCGGGCGGCGCGGCUUUUCGGACGCUGCACGCGCGGCUCGACGAGGCGUCACCCGGCCUGCUGCGGCUCGGCCUCUCCUCGGGCGAGCCGCCGUGGCAGGUCGCCACUUCGCCGCGGGCGGCCGCCGAGCUGCAGCUGCAGGUCUGGGUCGCGCACUCUCUCGCAGCCGGCCGGAUAGAGCUGCAGACGGGCCUGCCGGUGCCGCCGCUCGAGCUGCUGCCGCCCGUCUGCGAGGUGGACGGCAACCUGCACGCGGCGUGGACGAUGCACGCGAAUGCUCUCGGCCAGGUCGAGGUGGAGGAGGUGCUUUCGCCGGUGGACGAGGCCGCCGGUGUCACCACCGCGCUGCAGUGCGUGCGCGAGUGGGCCGCCACAGGCGAGGUGGACGCCUCUCGGCUGCGGCCGUCGGCGGUGCGACCCCUCGCGCGCGCGCUCGCGCACAACGGCGCGUUCGUCGCCUUCAAGGUGUCUGGCAACGCGCUCGGCGCCGAGGCGGCGGCGCUCGCGCCGCUCCUCGGCUCGAGCCGCACGCUGAUUGGCGCGCUGGGCGACGCGCUCGCGGGCAACCGCUUCGCCUCCCUCUCCGUCAUCGACCUCUCGGACAACGCCGUGGGGGACGCGGCCUUCCGGCUCGCCGCCGGGCUGCGCUCGCUGCGCGCCGGGCUGCUCGCGGAGCUCAAGUUGGUGCGGUGCGGCGUCGGGCCCGAGGGGAUGGAGAUGGUCCUGCUCGCCGCCGGCACGCAGAAGAACCUGCUCGAGCUGCGGCUGGGAGGCAACACGCUGGGCGGGCGCGGCUCGCAGGCCCUCGGCACCCUCCUCCCGCAGGCGCCCAGCUUGACCGCCCUCGACCUCGCCGGGACCGCUCUCGAGCCGGCCGCAGCGUUUGGCCCCGCCGCCGCUAGCGUCGACCCCUUCUCCGCCAGGCCGGAGCCGCGCGCGCUGCAGAAGCUGGCCGAGCUCGACCUGUCCGGCAUCGGCUGGUCGCUCCCGCUCCUCGACGGCGUCGAGGCGUGCGGCCCGAAGCUCGCAGCGCUCUCGCUCGCGGGGGGCGGGGACUUCGCGAUGCUCAACAGCGCUGCGGCGGACAGGCCCCCGCGACGGCUGGUCGCGGUGGCGGCGGCUCGGCCAGGCAUGGAGCUCGACCUCUCGACGGCCGACCCGGCGGCGGUGCUGCUGCCCGAGCUGCUGCCCGCUCUGCGCUCCUCGCGGCUGCUGCCGCCCUCGCUCGCGCUGCGCGGCGACGGGCAGCUCGGCGACGACGGCCUCGUCGCGCUCGUCGGCGUGCUCGUCGGCGCGAAGGAGAGCGGGACGCCGCGGCUCCACUCGCUCACCCUCUCCUCGGCGGUGCCGCCGCCCGCCGCCGCCGUCUCGACUUGGGGCCUCGACGACCUCAACGCGCUCGCGCUGCUCGACCAGCUUGCGACCGACCCGGCGGGCGUGAGUGCAGUCGUCAGCCGGUGGCAGCUGGCUUUGCCGGCGGGCACCGAGCGCGCGGUCGCACAGCGCGCCGCGUCUGUCCGCUCGCUGAUGCGGCUGGUGACCACCGCCGACGGCCUGGCCGCGCUGAAGUGCGGCGGCGGCUACCGCUCGCUCGAGCCGGAUGGGACAUGCCCGGCGGCGGAUGGGCGAUCGUCCACCCGGCAGCGGGCCGCGCCGAGCUACGGGGUGCAGCUCGAGUCGCUCUUCCGGUUCGCGCUGCCAAAGUCGAGCUCGCUCACCCUGCUCGACGUCUCGGGCAACAACCUGGGCGACGUGGGCCUGAGCGCGCUGGGCGGUGCUCUCAAGCUCAACCGCAGCCUGCGCCGGCUCGAGAUCGACAACAACGCGGCCGGCGUGGACGGGCUGAAGAGCAUCAACCUCGCGCUCAAGGGCAACAAGAAGGUGCACAGCCUCGCGCUGCCGGACGACGACAUCUCCGCGCUGCUCGCGGCCGCCGCCGCGCGGUACAAGCGCUCGCUGAGCGACGAGCUCGCCGCCCGGCAGCUGCUCAAGUCGGCGUACGGCCGCGGCGGGUACUGCAACCACGCGGUCAAGCAGCGCGGCAUGGCGGCCCUGAAGAGCGCCAAGCAGGAGCAGGCAAGGGCGCGCGUGGCCAAGGACAAGCUGCGCACCGUCUGCGCGUCGCUGCAGGCGUCGGUGCUCCGGAACGGCGAGGUGGCCACGAUCACCGCCGCCGGCAAGAACAUGCGCGCCGAGUCGAAGCUGGCGAGCGAGGCGUCGAAGAGUGCGGCCAAGGCGCAGGGCAAGGCGGACGCGCUGCGCGAGGCAAACAAGGAGAAGGUGUGGCUCGGGCGGCACAAGCUGCUGGACGCGUGGGUCAAGCACGCAGGCGUGCUCGGCAAGCGCGGCCACGACGUCGGCUGGUUCGGCGAGUGGCGGAGGGCGUGGGGCAAGCCGUACCUCAACCCGGCCGCGCUGGCGGCGGUGCAGAAGCGGAUGCCGGCCGCGCAGCGCGAGGAGUGGGAGGCGCUCGUCCUGGGCGCCGAGGACACGUUCGCCUCGGAGGAGACUCUCGACGCGCGCGUGCAGGGGCUGCUGCAGGAGGCGAGGAUGCACCGCUCGCAGGCGGAGUUCCACGCUGCGGAGGUGCAGUACCACGGCAUGUUGAGCGAGAAGGACCCGCGCGCCGAGGCGCCGCCGCGCCUCGAGGCGGGGAUUGCCGCCGUCGCCAAGGCGGUGGCCAAGGCCGCGGCCGUGCCCGAGGUGUCGAUGGGCACGCCCGUCUACACCGCCACCGCCGUCGAGGAGGACGCCGCCACCGCGAAGAGCGCGGCCGCCUUUGCGACAGCCGCCGAGCCGCUGCCGUACCCGGCCCCCUUCAGCCGUCCAGCCACUCCCGCGAUGCUCGUCAAGGGCUCCGUCUACGAGGCGUCCGCCGCAGGGCGGGGCGUCGGGCCAGGAUCGCAGCUCCAGAAGCAGUACACCUACGCGCGCGGCGACCGGAAGUACUACCUCGACCAGCAGCAGUCGGGCUUCGGCGGGCUGGGAGGGUACCACCAUUACCAGACGUACCGCCGCGACACCGCGCUGAUGGCGCACCGGCCGUACCACUACCGCCACUACGCGCAUUCGUACUACUACCACGACCCCUUCUUCUGGGGGCUACCGUACUACGGCUACCCAGGCUUCUACUGCUACGGCUGGAACCACCACCAUUGCGGCUACUACGGCGGGUGGGAACGCAGAGGCGAGGCUCUCUUCUCAUAG